AUCACAGCCUCUCAGGCCAUGUUUGCCAGGCGUGUGACCGGGGCCAGUAGCAGCUAUCCAAACAGUUUAUAGUGGCCUCUGUUUUCUCUCUGCUUGUCACCUGCUUUGAGAAGAUGGAGUAAAAAGAAGGAGUGAUGAAACUCAAUCUGGAGAUUCUGCAAGAUGACAGUGUGUGAAGAUAAGAAGAGGUAGACAUCGUGCUCCAAGGCAGAAAGCGUAAACAGAGACCAAAAAAAGAUUAAGGGUUCUUGACCUGAUAUUUGAAGGACUCGGCCAUUAAUUGCUGUAGUGCAAAAGAAGAAUAAUUUCCUGGGAAAAAGUAAUUGAAUUAUUUAUGCGUGGAGAAGGCCAUGGUGAUGGGGAGGAGAGAUCAGUAAUUUAAGUUUACAGGAGUAAGAUUGAAAACAUUUGAACUGGAGGCCUUAAACUCUUACUGGACUAAAUGAACUGUAAGGAUGAGGACACUGGUUGGACCAGGGCUGCUGCUGUUUCUGUGGCAGAGUGUUUGGGCUUUGGACGUGCCUCUUGAAACCAGACAACCUCCAACCAUCAUAAAGCAGUCGUUACAGGAGCACAUUGUGGAUCCCAAAGAAACAAUGGUCAUGGAGUGUGAAGCCAAAGGCAACCCUCAUCCUAUUUUCUCAUGGAGGCGUAACGGGAAGUACUUCAAUGUGGCUCGUGACUCCCAGGUGUCAAUGCGCAGGCGCUCAGGGACUCUAGACAUCUAUGCCAAACACAAUCCUGAACAGUACGAAGCAGAGUAUCAGUGCAUUGCCUCCAAUCAGUAUGGAUCCGCAUACACACACAAGAUCAGACUACGGCUGUAUAGACCUCCUGUGUGGCCACGGGAGAUUCUGGAGCCUGUUGUAAUCAGCGCAGGCCUUCCUCUGGUCCUGCCCUGCGACGCUCCACCAGGCCCCCCUAAACCUGAAACCUACUGGUUGUCCAGCUGUUCGUAUGCGAGACCUUUCAACUGGCCUGUUCAGACAGCUUUUCCCACCAUGCAGGCCGUGCCGCAGGAUCGCAGAGUUUCCAUGGGAGUCAAUGGAGAUUUGUAUUUCUCUAACGUGCUGGUUAAUGACUCCACCACUGAUUACUGCUGUAGCGCUCGAUUUCCUUAUAAGAAUAUGAUUCAGCAAAAGAUGCCUGUGGUUGUGAAGGUGCUUACAACUCGAACAGUGGCCGAGGCCGCCCCCAUCUGGCUGUCUCCCAAAGGCUCAUCUAGCUCCAUUCUUGUGCUUCAAGGGGAAGAGCUGCUUCUCGAGUGCAUAGCUGGAGGGAUGCCGACUCCUCACAUCACCUGGACUAAGGACGGCGAGGACCUGCCCGUGACAUCACGUAUGAAAGUGAAAAACUUCAACAAAAUGAUUCAAUUUCCAAAGGCAUCUUUUGAAGAUGCUGGAGAAUACAUGUGUGCAGCUACCAACAAGUUUGGGUAUAUUGAGCACACAAUAACAGUCAGGGUCAGAGCUGCUCCAUUCUGGUUGGAAAGGCCUACAAAUUUGAUCUUGGCUCCUGAGGAAAAUGGACAGUUGGUGUGUCGCUCUGAUGGGGCCCCUCGACCGACAAUAAGCUGGUCCAUAAACGGGGAACCAAUUGAGACGUCUACACCACAGUCUAACAGGCAGGUGUCUGGAGAAACGAUAACCUUUCGCAGUGUGUCCACAGAAAACACUGCUGUCUAUCAGUGCAAUGCCUCCAAUGAGCAUGGGUACCUACUGGCCAAUGCAUUUGUCAAUGUGCUGCAUGCAACACCUCGUAUUAUUGGGCCCAGGAAUGAGCUCAUAAAGACGAUAGAGGGACAUCGUGCCUUUUUAGACUGUCGCUUCUUUGGCUCUCCCGUUCCUGAACUGCGAUGGUCCAAAUACGGACAAGGAAAUCUUGAGGGAAAUCGUUUCAGGAUCCACAGGAAUGGGACUCUGGAGAUCAAACGCAUCCAGAUAGAAGACCAGGGUACCUAUCUGUGUGUGAUCAGCAACAUCGCAGGGAGAGAUGAGAAUCAAGUCAGAGUAGAGGUCAAAGAGCCCAUAAUAAUUGUGACCAAACCACAGAGUAUGAAAGUCCUGCGUGGAAGUGAUGUGCGCCUGGAGUGUGGCGUAAAAGCAGACAUCACUACAUCAAUCACAACAACAUGGAUGAAAAACAAAAAGGAAGCUGCUCUCAGUUGGAGAGUCUCUAUGGAUGAAUCAAAUCUGGUCAUUACUAAUGUAAAUAGAGAUGAUGAGGGGAAUUAUACAUGUGUCAUCCAAAAUGACCUGGAACAGAAGUCUGCAUCAGCACACCUAAUGGUGAUGGACCGUCCAAAUCCUCCGACUGACUUGGAACUGUCAGAUCCAUAUGAACGCAGUGUGCGACUCAGUUGGGUUCCUGGAGACAGCAACCACAGCCCCAUUACUGAGUAUUUAGUGCAGUAUGAUGAUGAUGACUGGAUACCAGGAAAGUGGAAAAACCUAUCAACAUACCCAGGAAAUCUCAACUCUGUCAUGCUGCAUCUGUCACCUUUCACCUACUAUGAGUUCAGGGUUAUUGCUAACAAUGAAAUUGGAUCGAGUCGUCCCAGUCGGCCAUCUAAGCGCUUCCAGACCAGCGGCGCACCUCCUGAUGUCAUUCCAAAGAAUCUGAAAGGGGUGGGUACAUGGCGAAAUAACAUGGAAAUCAGCUGGGAGCCUCUGACAUGGCGAGAGUGGAAUGGACCACACUUGAAGUAUCUGGUUUGGUGGAGAAGAAGAGAUUCCAGAGAGGAGUGGAAAAAUGCAACUACAAAGUGGCUGAAGUAUUACAUUUAUGACGCGGACACAUUCACCCCCUACCAGAUCAAAGUCCAGGCAGUCAAUGACUUUGGGCUUGGACCUGAGUCACCCGUGGUCAUUGGUUACUCUGGUGAAGACCGUCCGAUAGCGGCUCCCCUGAACUUGAGAGUGUCUGACAUCGAGAGCACUCAGGUUACAUUACACUGGGACCCAGUGGCACGUGAAUCUAUUAUGGGAGAGCUCAAAGAAUACAAGGUCUACUACUGGAGAGACAGCAGCCAGCUGAGGUGGCACAGGGUCAACAGAGGCAUGAGGUCGAAAGUGUUUCCAAACAGCGAUCCAGAACCCUCAGGCGUUGUCACUGACCUCAUUCCUUAUAGCAAUUACAAGAUGUAUAUAGUAGUGACAAACAGCCGGUAUGAAGGACCGCCAAGUAAUCACAUCCACUUCUCCACACCGGAAGGAGUACCAUCUGCUCCAAAAUCCUUCAGGAUCCAACAGCGACAUCUGGACAGCAUUUAUGUUGACUGGGACCUACCAGAAGAACCUAAUGGUGUUAUCACUGGUUACAGCCUGAAAUACCAGACAGUGAAUGCAAGCAGAGGAGAAGAGCUGAAAGUGGAGGAGCUCCCACCAAAUGUGACAAGCUUCUCUAUUCGGCGAUACGACCGCUACACUCGCUACAGAUUCUCUGUGGCUGCACACACUCGGAUCGGGCUGGGAGAAUGGCAUACGGAGGAGUCUCCCCACUACACCACAGAGAUAUAUGCUCAGGACCAGGUGGACAUUUCCACUCAGGGGUGGUUUAUUGGCAUCAUGUGUGCUGUGGCUCUCAUCGUCCUCAUCCUCCUCAUAGUGUGUUUCAUCAAGAGGAGCCGAGGAGGAAAAUAUCCAGUGCGCGACAAAAAAGACAUUUCAUUGGAACUGGUGGAUGAUAAAGAGCAGGAGGGAACAUUUGAUUACAGGAUAGCACGUGUCUCAACUUUGCCCUAUCCUCGGCGAGAGGAGGAAAGGGGGCUCCAGAGAGCUCAGCCAUCUGUGACGGCGAUACUGAAGAGAUCAUACAGUGAUGACAGCCUGGUUGAAUAUGGAGAAGGAGGAGAAAUCCAGUUCAAUGAGGACGGGUCGUUCAUCGGCCAGUAUACAGGAACAAGAAGAGAUGUCAGGGACUUGGACUUUGGUGGAAAUCUAGAGCUCCACUCUCCGAUGAAUACCAUCUACUCUCUGGCAUGAGACUGAAACCUCAAGGACCAAUUCUUGCUGCGGCUGUUUUCCCUGGGACUUCACUCUGUUUGUACCUUCUUGGAAGCAUACAGAGGAAGUGAGGAUUUGAGUCCGUUUGACGAGGAAACAGCUGGAAAUAGAGCUGCUAUUAAACCUUUUAUUAUUUUACAAGCCUCAACUUUCAUUUAAAUGGAGGGGGGAAACAUGCAGAGGUUGGGGUCCU